CUCCCGGUUUCUAACGAAGCUAGAUAAACAAACAAAAGCAAGACAUUUCAUGACUUACAUUUAGGAGCCUGAGCUCAUUUAGACGUGUAUAUAUGUCCAGAUAUGUCUUUCAGGAGGAACUUGUUCCCGCGAAUCCCCAAUAAGUGAGGGAAAGCAGGGCUAGCAUCCUUCUCGCUCAGUGGUUAGCUCGUCAUGUUUAUUUUAGUGCUGGGGCGAAGGAGCGAGACAUGAUGGCAUGAAACUGUCGCUCUGUUACAAGUAGCUAUCCUCCUCUCACUUACAGGUUGUGGGGAACUUGGCGCAACUUUUAACCGCAACUGCACUCCGAAAGAUCUCCUCAUCGUCACCAUGGCGUGGGCUCUGAAGUUGCCCCUCACGGAUGAAGUGAUCGAGUCCGGACUGGUCCAGGACUUUGAUGCCAGUCUGUCGGGCAUUGGCCAGGAGCUUGGUGCUGGGGCAUACAGCAUGAGCGACGUGCUUGCGCUGCCCAUCUUCAAACAGGAGGAGUCCAACCUUCCUCCAGACACCGAUAACAAGAUCCUCCCCUUUCAGUAUGUUCUGUGUGCAGCUACCUCGCCCGCCAUUAAACUGCACGAUGAAACCCUCACCUACCUCAACCAAGGGCAGUCCUAUGAAAUUAGAAUGCUUGACAAUCGGAAAAUUGGGGAACUUCCGGAAAUCACUGAUAAAAUGGUGAAGAGCAUCAUCCGUGUGGUGUUUCAUGACAGACGACUUCAGUACACCGAGCACCAGCAGCUAGAGGGCUGGCGCUGGAACAGGCCCGGAGAUCGCAUCCUCGACCUGGAUAUCCCCAUGUCCGUCGGCAUAAUCGACCCCCGGGCUAACCCUACUCAGCUUAACACUGUGGAGUUCCUUUGGGACCCAUCAAAAAGAACCUCAGUUUUUAUCCAGGUACACUGCAUCAGCACAGAGUUCACCAUGCGCAAGCAUGGAGGAGAAAAGGGUGUCCCUUUCCGAAUCCAGAUAGACACGUUUAAAGAGAAUGAGAACGAAGAGUACACCGAACACCUCCACUCGGCCUCCUGCCAGUUCAAAGUCUUCAAGCCUAAAGGUGCAGACAGAAAGCAGAAGACUGACAGGGAGAAGAUGGAGAAGAGGGCACCACAGGAAAAGGAAAAGUAUCAGCCCUCCUAUGAAACCACAAUCCUGACUGAGUGCUGCCCCUGGCCUGAGGUCACAUACGUCACCGCCAACUCUCCAUCGCCCGGCUUCAACAGCACACCCACCAGCUUCCCAGUGCCAGAAGGAAAUGGAUCGCCAAGCCACCAGCCUGAGCCGGUCGUUCAGGUAGCAGAUAAUUUGUUGCCCACAGCAACACCACAGGAUGCACAACAGUGGCUUCUAAAUAACCGCUUCUCACCCUUCUCUCGGCUCUUCACCAACUUCUCAGGGGCAGAUCUGUUGAAGCUGACCAGGGAGGAUGUCAUUCAGAUCUGUGGGCCAGCGGAUGGCAUAAGACUCUUCAAUGCACUGAAGGGACGGGUGGUGCGCCCGAGGCUGACCAUCUACGUUUGCCAGGAGUCCCAGCAGGCGAGGGAGCAGCAACCGAAACAUGAAAACGGAGACGCCGCCGCGAACACUUUCUUUGUAUAUCAUGCCAUUUACCUGGAGGACCUCACAGCUACUGAGCUGACAGAGAAGCUCGCUCAGCUCUUCAACAUCUCACCCAGGCAGAUAAAUCAGAUCUUCAAACAGGGUCCCACGGGCAUCCAUGUGCUGGUCAGCGACGAGAUGAUUCAGAACUUCGAGGAUGAAGUUUGUUUCGUUUUGGACACAAUGAAAGAUGACACAAACGAUGGCUACCAUAUCAUCUUGAAGUGAAACCUGCGCGGGAGAAUAGCUUUGUUCUCUUCUUUAGACCCGAUCCAGUCACCCCCUCUAGAGCUUCAUAUUCUUCGCUGUUCCUGGAACACGUGGGGACGCCCACGAGAAACGUCUCGAGGCUGCGAGGAGGCCCGUGUGACUGUAGCACCUGGCCCUCUCCUCACUUUACCUGUCUUACCUUUGAGGUAGUGGCUGUGACCACAGUGAAGUGAACGACCUCCUUGCCACCCGACCGUUGUCUCCGUUAAGUGGUUGCGUUGUCCUUGGUUGCUUAUGUCUCGUGAAAGAGGUUCAUGGCACUACAGCUGCUAUCACUGUUUAUUUGUUAUCUGAGCAUCUGGUGCGCCAAAGGUUCGUGCUCCAGAAACAGUUUGUCAUCUCUUUAAACACCAACAACCAAAUAUGCAAAAAAACAAUUAUUAACCGUGACAAAAAAGAGUUACUCUGACAGUACUUGACUUUCAGCCUGCAAUGCAGCACCAUUUCUCCUCUUCAUGCUGGGAUCCACUGAAUCCAGUCUGCAAGAAACGCGGUAAUCAGGACAUUAGGGUAUACCGUUGGAAUCCAGCUGUCCUCCAUUACAUCUGUGAGUCCUUUUGAAAGCGAAUGUUGUCAGUCUUUCACUGGUUUUAAGUCCUUUAAGUUCCUUUUUGAGAAAGGAAAAGCUUUCCCCAGAUACCGGUACAUCCUUGUAGUUGGUGUAAAGUGUUACUACCUAUGAAGCUUGAAUAAUAAUGAAACACCGUCUCGUGUUCGUGAUCUCAGUGGCGAUACCAGCAAACUGUCUCCAGUCCAUGUGGUUUAAACCUUAUUUGUAAAUAGAUCAUUAUUUUAAAAUGUUUUCAUAAGGAAUCAUGUGUUUCUUUGGCAGUUAAAAGAAAGAAGUCUUUUAACCAACUAUUGUUUUGGGAUUUUACCACAUCCAAAUACUAAUGCAUGUAGUGGAGCUGUUGGUCACAUCAAAGCUGCAUGUGAAAACAGUUGGUUUGUUUAUGUUCAGUCCAUUUUACUGCUUUCAUCGAAUUGAUAGCAUGACAUUUUAGACACAAAUUUUAGCCCGAUAUUAUCAGCAUUAUUCAUUAUUGUUUCCCGGAGGUGUUUGCAAAAAAAAUAAAAAAAGAUUUUUUAAAAACUA